UUUAAAUUCGAAAGGUCUUGGCAGAGAUAAGAAACUCGUGGUGGUCGGCAGUGUCAGCAAUCUCGGACGCUGAUAUCUUGACUACUCAUUGCAGUUUUUUUCUUCUUCUUUUAUUUUUUUUUUCUUUUUAUUUUCCAUUUUGUCUGUCGUCGAAUCUGUCUCCCCCCACUUGUUUGUGAGACAAGUUCAUAAAUUGAAACCAAUUCAUUGUUACAUGAAGUUAGUACGACGUUGGGUCCUAACAAAGUCAGAGCAUCGAAUCUUUUGUUUCUAAGACGAUAAAAAAAGUGCAUUUGUUUGUUGUAUAUAUUUUUUAUAUAUAUUUCUAUAUUUAUUUCUUUCUUUUCUUUUUUAUAAACGACCUUGUGAUUGAUCGAUGAUCGUUUUGAGAAAUUUUUAUCAAGACUGCAUGAAGUUUGGAGCAUUGAAACAAGGCCGAGGAUUCCGGUGGGUGGGAAUUCAACAUCCCAAAAUUGAGAACUGCGAAGAAAGUGUAAGAACGAUAAGCGUUAAAAGAAGGUUAGCAGAUCUGCUCUUCGAAAUUUGCAAAGAUUGUGAAAGAAUGGCCGCUAUUCCGCAAGGUGCAUUUGCAGCGUGCAAAGUCCGCUCUAAUCUAGAGCGCAACGAUAUGAUAAAACUAAAACCGUCAAUGAAGGAGAGGGGAAAAGCGGGUAAAGAAGGCACAUUCAAUAUGAGACCCCCAUUGGAAGGUUUGGAGCUCACACCGUUAAAGUAUAACAGCAAGCUAAUGAACAGCAUCUGGGGACUUUACAAUCGUUAUUCGGUGCAUAAUUUUAAGAAAAACAACUCCAACGAUGGGGUGUUUGGUAAGUUCGUGGCGAUUUGCGAGGCUACUUCACACAGCCAUGCACACGCCGCGAACUCGGUGACUGCAACUGCAUUUGCCAGCAAUAAAAUUAUUGCAAAUUAUGCAAAUAAUUGAUUAUUAAUUCAAGCAUAACGAUUGAAACGAAUUCAUAACAAUAUUAUAGAGAUUUGCAACAGUAUUGCAUAUUCUUUUUACCAUUUUUUAAAUUGUAUAUAAAUAAAUAAAGUGCUUAUAGUGCAA